AAAAAAAAAAAAAGCGAGAUAGUUUAAGGUAAUACUUUUGUGAAUUCAACCGUUUUACUUUUUAGUUUGAAUUGUCUGACAAAGGAAAAAAGUGUAGGCCUUUUUAUUGGAUAAAUCCACCAAAAUGCUUCUACGUUUAACAAAAAAGUUAACAAAAAAAUGUGUGUAAUUAUUACAUGUUUUUCUUAAAUUGUUUAUAUAAAUGUAUUUAUUUGCAUUUUUUAAAACGUAUAUCGUAUUUUAAUGAAAAUGUCAGAUCAACAGUUUAAAACUUUCAACGACAAAGACGCACACGCUAACCCAGAAACAAAUGACAUUUCUGAAAAUGCUCCUGCUUCAUUUCCUGUGAAUGAAUCGACUGAAGACGAUUCCACAUUGGCAGAAGAAAAAGCAGCGCCACAGGUGGGAAUGAUAGACCAUGGUCCCAAUACAUCUGUCUCUGGAGAAGCAGACAGUAAAAACAUUGGACAAGCCGACCCUAAUGACGUACAUCCAAGUACUACAGAGGAAACAACAGAAGUUGCAAAUAUACAUGCACAAUCAGAGACCGACGCACAGGAUUCAGGUGUUCCUGAGAAAGUUUAUUCAGCUCGGGAUACAACAUAUGUAGUGACACCGUUCAAACCAGCGUCUCCAGAUGAGAAAAAUGCCACUGCGACAGUUAAGGUCAUGCUUCUUCCUGAUGGCUAUGUAAUGACUGUGGCCUUUGCAAUAGGCCUUACAACAGACAAUCUGAAGGAACAUUUUACAACUGAAUUGAAAAUACCACCUAAUGUAUUACAAAUCAUAUUUAAUGGAGAUGUUGUUGAAGAUUCAAAGACUCUACUGGAUCUUGGCGUAAGGCCACAUGGCACCAUCCAGCUUGAAAUGUCUUCUACUGACCCCCAAAACUACCCAAUCAAACCAGUUAAACCCCAGCAGGAAUACAACAUGCCUGAUGUCAUAACUGUCAGAGUUCAAAAAGAUGCUGAUACAUAUCAGGAUGUAGUGGUUGAAAUUGAAAGGACCACACGCCGCAACGCAUUUCUGGGUGGAUACCGACAUAAAAUAACAGGGAUAGAAUUCCAUCAUGCAGGAGUACAGACUAUUUCCAAAAAGAGACCAGACAAUGGAAUUGAAAAAUUUUGUAGAAACACACAGACUGUUAGAGAGAAGAGUCAACACCAGCAGGUCACCUACACAACAUCUACACAGAUGACGAAGAUAGGGUGUUACGUGUCUAAUACUACUGACAAACUGAUAUCACCAGGAAAGUAUUUCACAGCUGAUGAAUACCACUACAGGAGGCUAAAAGCAGUGAUAGUCAUACAGACUUAUGCCAGGCGCUGGCAUGCCAUAAGACUGGUAAAACAGCUGUUGCAUGACAAAAUGGUUAGGUUGGAUUGGGAGAAGAAGGAGGAACAAAGAAAGAAGAAGGAGAAGGAAGACAGGCUGAAAAGGGAAUAUGAGAGGAGGAUGCACCCCAAAACAAAGGAAGACUUUGACCUACUGUACCAUGCUUUGGAAAAAUGGAGGCAAGAAGAACUUGAGCAUAUCAACGCGACUCUCACUGGAGCAGAAAGGAAAGCAGCAUUGUGUGCACUGCUGGAGCAAGAGACGCAGCUCAUUGCUUCAAUUGGGAGGCAUAAGCUGGAUGCUAAUGAAGAGAAUAUCAAAAACUCAGUACAAGCCUUUUUGGAAAAGUGUUCUGAGCCAAAAAAAUGGAAAGCAUUUGACAACAAAAUCACUGAAAUGGAUACACAGUACACGAUCCGCGCUAGAGAGCUCAAAGAUAUUUAUGCAACUAUAAACAUGAAGCAUCUCACCCAAGAUGAAAGAUUGGAUUGCCUUUUGACCCUAAAACAUACUGUAAAGGAGGAUAAAUGUAAAUUGACUGAAGAUAUAGUAGAGCUGAUCGACAGAGAAGCAGAUCUUUUAAUGAGAGGGGUCAAGGAGUCCAAUCUAGAGGGACUCAGAAAAAGAAUAUCUACACUGUUUCUUCAAUACAUUAAAACACCAACAUUCAACCCUGAAGUUGCCAGAUUACUCAAGGUUCCACAGGAUCCAUCACAGUUACAUAAGAAUAUCUACUUCUGCCCUGGAUGUAGACGUUACCUGCGCUCCACUGAAUUUUCUCUGACAGCAAAAUCACACACAACUGGCAGGUGUCGUCAGUGUAACAAGCUGGAUAAUGUAGCCCGUCAACGAGAAGAUUUAAACAAAUACAAGAACAUGCUCACACAGCUUAGACAAGCAGAGGCAGAGUACGACAAAAAAGCAAAGAUUGCUUUCUUACUGCAGGAACAGGAUCUGCAGUAUCUGCUUAGGGUUAUCUGGGCUACUCAGUCAGCUCUGAGUGCCUGGGAUGACCUGUAUGACCUUGUCAUGGUAAGGUGGAAUAAAUACUUUGAAUGGUCUCCAUGGAACUGUAUUCUGUUAACAAAAGAAGAGGCAGCUGCACAUUUAAAACUGGACAAUGUUGAGCAGGCAUAUGGAGUUGUGUUCAUUCGUAAGGUGAAGCACAAGCACACUUUGGCAAAGAAAUAUUUCUCACAGAUUCCAGCCAUGGCUCAGUUCUUGCGCUGUCGUGAUUCUCAGCCUGCAGCUCCUGUCAGUGACCUUUUAGUAACAAAGCCUGCUGUGACCCAGGCCUAAUUCCAUUCUCUAUUGAUAGGUUCAUGUGUUUUGUUUUGUUUUUUAAUUUAAAAGAAAGGUAUGAAUACAAUUGGAAUAAAUUUAAACAAAAUAGUU